UAGUUUACAAUGCUAUAGCUCAACCACUCCCUUCAGUCGCUGUGAAUUGAGGUUUCGCAUAUCCCGCCCUCUGUGAGCUCGGAUACACAACGCCCCAUCUCACAGGCAUUGGAAAAAACACCGCUCCCGGGGAUACAGGCAGUUUUCAUCAAACUAUACAAUUUGUGGAUUUAUGUUAACCUGUGAGAGGCAAAUACUGCGUGGGGACGUCAGUUUCGCAUACAUUCAGACGCCGAUCUACCGGGCUCACCUGUACAGUCAUGAAGUCUUUCUACCUGCUUGCCACUUUGAUAUGGUGUUUAACGUCAAAUUUCUCCUGGGCAGCUAAGAUCGUGGUGGUUCCUCCCAUUAUGUUUGAGAGCCACUUGUAUAUUUUCAAGACCCUUGCCUCUGCUCUCCAUGCCGAGGGCCACGAAACCGUCUUCCUUGUCUCUGAAGGUCGAGAGGUGCCACCAUCCGACCAUUAUCGACUCCAGCGCUACCCCGGAAUCUUUAACAGCACCUCGGCCGAUGAUUUCCUCCAAUCAAAAGUUCAUAACAUAUUUUCGGGUCGUUUUACAGCUCUGGAGCUUUUUGACAUCCUGGACCACUAUUCUCAAAACUGUGACGCUGUUGUCGGGAGUGCUUCUGUCAUGGAACUGCUAAAACAUGAACGUUUUGACCUCCUAUUAGUUGAUCCCAAUGAAAUGUGUGGAUUUGUCAUAGCUCACAUUUUGGGCGUCAAGUAUGCGGUCUUCAGCACGGGACUGUGGUACCCUGCGGAAGUUGGCGCGCCGGCACCCCUGUCUUAUGUUCCAGAAUUUAACUCGCUACUAACGGACCGCAUGUCAUUGUUUCAGCGGGUAACUAACACAGCAGUGUACCUCGUUUCCAGAUUUGGUGUACAGUUCUUGGUGCUACCGAAGUACGAUCGCAUCAUGAGGAAGUACAACAUCCAGCCCUCUGUGUCCAUGCAUGAUCUGGUUCAGAACAGUCGACUUUGGAUGCUGUGUACUGACAUGGCCCUGGAGUUUCCAAGACCCACUCUUCCACAUGUUGUCUAUGUAGGGGGCAUCCUCACCAAACCCCCCAGCCCCUUGCCACAGGAGUUUGAAACCUGGGUGAAGGAAACAGAUGAACAUGGAUUUGUGGUGGUGUCAUUUGGUGCUGGAGUGAAAUUUCUUUCAGAUGACAUCGCUCAAAAACUCGCAGGAGCCUUGAGCCGUCUACCUCAGAGGAUCAUCUGGAGGUUCUCUGGAGUUCCUCCCCAUAAUCUUGGCAACAAUACUAAACUAGUGGAGUGGAUGCCACAGAAUGACCUGUUGGGCCAUAGAAACACACGGGCCUUCUUGAGUCAUGGGGGCUUGAACAGCAUCUAUGAAGCCAUGUAUCACGGUGUGCCUGUGGUAGGCGUUCCACUGUUUGGAGAUCACUACGACACCAUGACACGAGUUCAGGCCAAAGGCAUGGGCAUAAUGUUAGAGUGGAAAAAAAUGAGCGAGGAAGACCUAUAUACUGCCAUGUUCAAUGUCCUUACAGACAAAAGGUAUCGUGAGCGAGCCCAGCUGCUGUCUCAGAUUCAUAAAGAUCAGCCUGGUCAUCCAGUGAGUCGAGCCGUUUACUGGAUUAGUUAUAUUCUCCGUCACAACGGUGCCGACCAUCUCCGCUCUGCUGUCUAUGAGAUCCCCACCCACCAGUACUUCCUAUUGGACGUCACGCUGGUAAUAGGAGUGUGCCUGGUUCUCCUCGGCUACUGUUUAUACCGAAUAGGCAAAUUCGUCCGAUCACGGCUGGGGCGUGGUCUUUCUCCAGUGGAGAAAGUCAACGGACACUGUCACGGAAUUCCAAACGGAAUUCCAAACGGCAAACACAACAGAAAUGGACACGUUAGUAGCAUAGAGAAGAAACUUAAGUAACGCCCUAGGAUAAAUCAACACUAACGCUUCACUAAAGAGAGGAAUUAACUGCUCUUUACUCAGAACAGGGCCUAUCCAGGAAAUAAACAAAGAAAAAACUAUUAUAACAACGAACUGUAAGUGGGAAGCCGAGAUGUAAGAAAACGUUCCUGAGGAUGUUUUUUCCCUGAAUGGAGUUCAUUUGUGGUCCUGAAUGUUGAGCUUACCCUUGUGGAGAUUAAGAAAUUAAUGUUUUUAACAACAACAUGUGGGACAUCAAGUCUCAGUACAUCCAAAUACAGACAUCUAUAUUUAUUUAUGAAACUAAUCUUUGGAAAAUUCUGUACGUUUUUAAGGAAGUUAAACUGAAUUUUAAUUUAUGUUCUCUAUUUAUGUCUCGUGCACUCUGUCCCUACUUGUUUUGCAUCACUAUUCAUUUUUGCAUGUUAACAGGUUUAGCCGUGCACACUUAAAACUCACCGCUGCUUGCGUUGGCAGUCCAAACCCAAGCUUUAUCUAGUCUAGCAUGAUUCUUGUAGACAUGCAUUUUGCACUAGCUAAUGCUGCUAGUUAUAGUUAAAAACAUUGUUGCAGAUAGCUGUGUUAAAUCCUGCUUCCGAUUUAUUUUUUUCUACUUUUUUUCACAUUUGUUUUUGCUUUGAUGUUUUCAGCUAAUGCUAUGUAAUGAAUUGUAGUUAAUGAAUUCUAGUUUUUAUAUAAAAUCGUAGAUCAGAUUUAACACCCCGUUCACACGUGUUUAUUGUUGGCAGAUCUGGAUUUAAAUUAACGAUGUGAAACAUUUGGUCUUAAUUAUUAAGCCAUUGUUAUGUUUGAUGGAUGUUUAGAUUUUGACGUUUGAAUUGCUUCCAGUUAGGUCCUCAAAAAAUCCCUUUUUACUGUAUGGUUUAUUUUACAUUUUCAUGUUUGUAAAUUAGGAAGGGGGGUAUAGUUUUCAUGGGUUUAUUUUAUUUGAAAGCUUAUCAGAAGAGUGUUGUUAUCGAAGCUGAUAAAGAGCAUAAGCUGACAUGUCUUGCCAUGUUCCCACAAAUCAGUAGGCCUGAAGUAACCUCGAUUUUGGUACUGUAAUUAACCUUGCCCAUGGUGCUGUCCUGGUUCUUUUAACCUUAAGCUAUUUUUAUCCAAGGAUGUUCUGUGAAAGACACUAUUUUAAUAUGACUCGGUAACAUUUCAUUCUAACAUUUAGUUGUUAAUCUAAAGUCAGGUGGGCAAAUGCAGUUUAUUUGUGCAUUCUCAUUUACAGAAAUUUUAUUUAAAAGAAAACUUAAGUGUCAGUUUGGGGUGUUAUCAGUAAGUAACUCAGAUUAAUAGCGUUUGUUAUGAAUGCACCAAACCAUUUUUUCAAAAUACAAAGUGGUACUGUAUGGUGAAACAUGAUGAUAUGUUUUGUAAGAAUUUAUUAUAAGAAUAUGAAAUUGUGUACAAUUCUUUGUGAAAGCAAUGGAGUGUGAAUGAAAGCGACCAAAGUUAAACUGCACUUCAAAGGACAUUAAAUUAACAUUUGCUUUGAACCAGUAGGCAUCAUUUUUUAAAUAGUUUUUAAUGAAGAGAUUUAGAGGUGAUUAGUGCUUGUAAAGUAAAGUGUGUUAGAAUACUUGAGAACUGCACUGCAAGUUACCACUGUUCAGAAAACCAUUGUCAUAGAUCACAAGAAUCAAAACCUGUACAGCCUAAAUGAAGAUUCAUUCAAGUCAUAAGCUGUUCUUACCACGAGGUUCGGGGCAUUUCUUCAGCCAAGCACUGUUUAAGACUGUCUGCAUACUUGAAAAUACACUGGCUGCAAAUGCAUCGGAGCUAUGACUGGUGAAACAGUGAUGCACGCUGACACACUUUGAAGAUCUGAUUGUUUCCUAGUUGUUUGUUUUGUAUGAUUUCAGUAUUAAUAAUAGAUGGUUAACAGCACUGGAAAAGGCUGCAGGUGGGCUCUAACAUAACAUAAGAAGCUGUUUGUGCGCGCGCAUGUGUGUGUGUGUAUGUAAUUUCUUUAAUGUUGAAUGUGUAUGUUUCAAGCUUGAAUGGGGUUGUCUGAGCCUACUGUACGUGUGUCCUGAUUUGCUUUAUAUUCUGAUAAUUUAAAAACUACAGUUCACAUUUAGCAUCAUUUUCUUAAAUUCUCAUUGUCCGACUUAUUUCUUGUAGUUAGAGUAGAGGCUGCUUGCAGGAAUUUAGUUUUUUUUAGUUUAUUAUGAUUUUGAAUUGAAUGUGUGUCUGUGUUAUUAUGUACAUAAAAAGACAAACAAAAAUACUAAUGAUAAAUAAACAUUGCAUAUUUUGUUUGCUUA